CGUGCUUUCACGUCACUUCCGCGCGCCGCCGUAAACGUCAGUGUCGGGCGCUUACGGCGGCGGUGUGGUUUGAUAUUAAAGUUCGGACUCCGUUGCCUUUUGCGAGCAAUGGAGAGUGACUUUUAUCUGCGUUAUUAUGUGGGUCACAAGGGCAAGUUCGGCCACGAAUUCCUGGAGUUUGAGUUCCGACCCGACGGUAAAUUGAGAUAUGCCAACAACAGCAAUUACAAAAAUGAUGUCAUGAUCAGAAAAGAGGCUUAUGUACAUAAAAGUGUGAUGGAAGAAUUGAAGAGAAUAAUUGAUGACAGUGAAAUUACCAAAGAGGAUGAUGCUUUGUGGCCUCCUCCUGACCGAGUGGGCCGACAGGAGCUUGAAAUCGUCAUUGGAGAUGAACACAUUUCCUUCACAACAUCAAAAAUUGGUUCCCUUAUUGACGUUAAUCAAUCCAAGGAUCCAGAAGGCUUACGAGUAUUUUAUUACCUUGUCCAGGACCUGAAGUGUUUGGUCUUCAGUCUUAUUGGAUUACACUUCAAGAUUAAGCCAAUCUAGAUUGAAUGUUAGUAUGGACACAAGGGGGUGGUAGUGGCUAUUUUUAAUUACCAUUAUCAGGAAAUUUUCAUGUAUAUCAGGGCAAUUUUUUUUUUAUAAACUAUAAAUGAUUUUCUUUAAUAAAUGCGUAACAAAAUGCAA